CCCUAGACAGAAGCACCAGGCGAUGGCUGUAUCUGUUGCCGAAGUCACUGCCGUUACUUACUGCCUGUCUGCUGGAGGUCUGAUGUGCCACCCUUGGUGUUAGUCUGGGCACUCCCCAGCCUGCCUCAGUCAAAACAUGUUUGGGUAAUGAUGGCUCAGCUCCAGCAAGGAGGCCCAGAUGAAAAAGAGAAGACUACUGCAUUAAAGGAUUUAUUGUCUAGAAUAGACUUGGAUGAACUAAUGAAAAAAGAUGAGCCACCACUUGAAUUUCCUGAUACUCUGGAAGGAUUUGAGUACAUUUUUAAUGAAAAAGGGCAGUUGAGACACAUAAAAACUGGGGAGCCAUUUGUUUUCAAUUACCGUGAAGAUUUACAUAGAUGGAACCAAAAGCGCUAUGAAGCUCUUGGAGAGAUCAUUACUAAAUAUGUUUAUGAACUACUGCAAACGGAAUGCCACUUGAAGAAAGUAACUCUCCCAGUUGAUGCAACUGAGAGUGAACCAAAGAGCUUUAUCUUUAUGAGUGAAGAUGCGUUAACAAAUCCUGACAAGCUGCUGGUCCUAAUUCAUGGUAAUGGUGUUGUCAGAGCAGGUCAGUGGGCUAGGAGACUUAUAAUUAACGAAGAUCUGGACAGUGGCACACAGAUACCAUAUAUAAAGAGAGCUAUUGAGGAAGGCUAUGGAGUAAUAGUACUGAAUCCCAAUGAGAACUAUAUUGAAGUGGAGAAGACAAAAGCCCAAGUACAGCUGUCUUCUGAUAGCUCAGAUGAACCUGCAGAAAAGAGGGAAAGAAAAGAUAAAAUCCAGAAGGAAACAAAGAAGCGACGUGACUUCUACGAAAAGUAUCGAAAUCCACAAAAAGAAAAAGAAACUAUGCAGAUGUAUAUUAGAGAUAAUGGAUCUCCUGAAGAACAUGCAAUUUAUGUUUGGGACCAUUUUAUUUCCCAGUCAGCUGCAGAGAACGUGUUUUUUGUUGCUCACAGUUAUGGUGGACUUGCCUUUGUAGAGUUGAUGAUUCAACGAGAGGCAGAAGUAAAGAAUAAGGUAACUGCUGUGGCGUUGACAGACUCUGUUCACAAUGUGUGGCAUCAAGAAGUUGGGAAAAGUAUUCGAGAGUGGAUGCGAGAGAACUGCUGUAACUGGGUGUCCAGCUCCGAGCCCCUGGACACGUCAGUGGAGUCCAUGCUGCCGGACUGCCCCCGCGUCUCUGCAGGUACAGAGCGCCAUGAACUAACUUCCUGGAAGAGUUUUCCAUCAAUUUUCAAGUUCUUCAGUGAAGCAGUGGAGGCAAAGAACAGCGCAGUGAAACCAACCCCAACGCGACGCUCCAACAGGAUAAAAUACGAAGAAUUGUAAAAGGAGGGGAGGAAAAAAAAAAAGCCGCCGCCACCACCGACCUCUUCGCUGCUUGUUUUCUGCAAGGAGUCUCCCAGCCCCUCAUUAGAUUGUUUUCUUCCUAGAGCACAGGGUCGUGAUGUAUACAUCUAAAUAGCGUUUUGCAUUAUUUCUAGAUGAGUGCAACUGUCAAAGCAAUAUGGGUUCACUGGUUGUGCUUCCUGUGGGCUGUAACUUGGAUUUCGUGCUGCCCAUCAGCGCGCAGAUUAAGGCUGACAGUGGUACUGCACAGUGCAGCAUGGUGCAGCUCUAAUUGCCCUGACAUAGCCCUGCAACAAGCUGAUGCCAGAAUUUAACAGCUACGUUGUGGUCCUGUCGCCUGCAGGAUUUUUUGCUUCUUCCUUCUAUUUUGAGACAGAAAAAAAUCAGAAUUACUCUUUUUUACAAGACAGCUCUAACUCAGAAGUGCUAACCAGCCUGUGAUUUUACACCCAGUAGCCUUCUCUUUCUCUGGGACCAAGUGGGAUCAAGUCUUGACUCUUUCAUUUUCUGCUGGUAGGAGGGUCCAAGAAGUUUGGUCCAGAUUUGUAGGAAAGCCCUUUUGUUGUCGAGAUUUUCUCCUCCUGCCAGAUCAAUGGCAUUAUCUGUAGAUCUUCUUUUCCUUCCGAAAGCUCCACUUAAAAAAAUGCCUAUUCAUUAACCGGCUGGAUCACACUGUGAAAUAUGACAGCAAAAAAAA